AUGGCAAAAUUAGAAAAUUGUAAUAUCUAUACUACAUCAUAUUUCAAUUGUGAAUUUGAUGAUGAGGGGAAUGUUGAUGGAUUUGGAGGAAUUGGUACAUGUUCAUUAAUUUUGAAUAUUUUCGAUAAAACUUACGCAAUGCUGGAUCUUGAGAGUAAAAAUGAUGAAUAUAGAACCGGUAUGAGAACUAGUCUUUGGUCCAUUAUUAUAGCCAUGGAAAAUAUUUUGGAAGAACUUGAUGAAAAUUCCUAUGAAGGAGUUAAAUUUACCUUAAAUACCGAUUGCUUAAAUUCUAUUAAUAUGAUCAAAAAAAUUCCUGACUACAAGAAAAAAUACGGUCAAGACUCAACUAAUUGGAAAAAUAGCAGAGGUGAAUAUAUUGAUGGCAAGCUAUUAGAGAAAAUUGACAAUUUGAAAACAAAACUUAGAGCAAGAUGUAAGAAUGAAGAAUUAGGAGAUUUUGAAUUGAAGUAUAUGAAGAAAGCAGACAAUUUGGGCUACAAAUUUGCAAGAGAGUGGGCAGAAGAAGGAGCUGAUUUAGAUGAGAAUAACUCAUCCGAUUGA